CUACUCAACCAUUUACUUUCUUGAUCCUCGAUUUUCAAAGCAAUUUCUCUUUAAAUUCCGAACGAAAGAAUCAAUCAGACCAAAAAUUUCCCACGAGAUUUUGAUGAUCGCCACCAAGAAUCCAGUACUGAAAUCGGAUUAGAACCGCUGAUUUCUCAAGCAACCGCCGUGUGAUCAUAUUCGAUUCGUAUUCCCAAAGACGACGAUGAACUACCAAUCAACUCCACGAAGCAAUCGGCCGAGGGGAUUUGUGGUUAGGAAUGUGCUUCAAUUUGUGUUAUUCGUGGCCUUCAGCCUUUGGUUACUGUACCAAAUCCGACAACCGAACAGCAAUGGUGGGUCCCCCGGAAUCCAGCUCAGCACCGAUGGAAUUCCCAGUUUCUUAGGGCGAAAAGGGAGUGCCGGAUUAUUAAAGUCGACCCCCAAUGACCACUCAGGUUUAACUCUGGAAGAUGUAACAAACCCUGGUGAAGAUGGCGAGAUUCCACGCUACUCCAAAGAAAUCCCGGAAGUAGAGUUUCACCUCAAGACGGGGUCCGUAAACGAGGGAAACGACAGAAAUACCCUUCUGCACGGACAAGAUGGUUAUAGAAAGAGUAACAAAGAUGGAUCGUUGACCAUGGCGAGGUCAAACAUUACCUUUCCGGAUGAAAAUGGAAUCCCGCAGCAUGUUCGCGAUAAGUUUGUCUGGAUGGAGACGAGCAAGUCGGGUAAUGGGACCCGUGUCAAAGUUAAAAGCGUGAUUGCUACACAUGCUGGAAAUAGAGGCAACGGCACAUUGGAAGAGUCGUGAGAGGUGAAAAUUACACGUAAAAUCUUGUACAGGUAAAAGCUAGUAGAUACGAAAUUUUACUAGUUUUAUGUAGCUGAUAACGAGAUAUAGAAAGUUUAUUGAUAUGAAUUGCUAACGGAAUAACGAGCCGGAUUUGUAUCGUAACGGGCAGAUGAUAGGUUUGUGGGUGUUUUAGAUC